AUGUCGUACUUUGAGCGCCUCGCCGCGCAGGACACAAAACAGCUCAUCCGCAUCGCUGCAGCGCUGUCGUUCAUGCUCACUGACACCGUUGGACUCUCCUACAACCUGGCGCUCAUGCUCUUUGGACUGGUCGCGGUGGAGCUGUCGACCACGGGCUGCGAACAGUUCUUCCUGUCCAUGGACAUGAUCUCGGGCAUCUUUGACCUGUUGUCCAUUGCCAGUCCGAUGCCGGGAGUGGUUUCCAGGAUCGUCGCCCUCAUUGUCUUGUUCCUCAAGGUCCCGAUCUACCUCUCGGGCGUGGUCCACCUCCGUGAGCGCGGCGGCGACCUGACAUGGUCGAGCCGCGGGUUCGCUCCUGCUGGCUGGAUGCCCGCUGGCAUGCCUGGUGGUGGCGGUGGUGGCCAGACGCUCGGUACAGGCCCUGUUCCGUCUGCUGCUCCGGCCCCUCCUGGCUCAUUCCCUUCUGGCGGAUACCGUCUUGGUGGUGACGAGGCCAACCAGCCCCGCGGGCAGACGACUCGCGAUGGCUACGAGGCAAUUGCCUAA